CGUUGCAUCCAAAGCGACGUAAACAAGCGUGGCGAUAGUGAUGUCUAGGAAGUGUCGGGAAUUCUCUCCUUCUCAGAGACUAUGAUCCCCAUUAUUUCUGACUUGCUCGCCCAGCCCGGGGUCAUGGUGGGCAUGGGAUUGGGAGUGUGCAUAGGGUUUUUCAUGAGGGGCUCCUUGCUAGGGAAUGGAGAGACGGUGGAAGAAGGGGACGACGAGGACAACGAUGGGGGAUGGGACGAGGAUGGAUUCCUAGCAGAGGGAUCCGGUGAAUACAAGCUGGUGCUUGUUGUGCGGAGCGACCUCAAAAUGGGGAAGGGAAAAGUGGCAGCACAGUGUUCCCAUGCAACCCUGAAGGCCUUCAAGCAGUCUCAAAAGUCCUGCCCCAAGAUUCUAAGAAAGUGGGAACUAAAUGGACAACCAAAGGUAGUAGUGAAGUUGGACGAUGAGUCUCAAAUGCUGGACUUAGCAGGACUGGCCAGGGAGGUUGGUCUGACUGUAAGCCUCAUCCAGGAUGCUGGUCGCACUCAGAUAGCCCCAGGCUCGCGAACUGUUCUCGGAGUUGGGCCUGGACCUGCAGACCUCAUCGAUCAAAUUACUGGUCACCUCAAACUAUAUAAGAUUUUAGUAUUUGAUGGGAAUUUCUUUCUUAUUAUGUGUGAUUUCUUUAUUGGCUGUUUAUUAUUAUUUUGAUAGGAAAUGGGAGAAAAAUCAACAAAAAAAGGGAGAACUUUGACCUCAUAACACAACUGGCAUUUCAUGUUAAAUCAAGUAAUUUGAAAUUGCUUCUUGAAAAGGGAUUUUCAAAUAUGGGAGAGAAUCUUGUUUGUUAUGUUAUUAAUGUUGUAGCUAACAUUUUAUUAGCAAAAAAGACUUAAUUGGAAUUUUUCUUUCUUUCUUUUUCAAUAAUAUAAGAAGGGUAUUGUGUGGUUGGUAAAAAAAAAAGUUGUUACAGUUGGUCAGUUGAGCUGCUUCAGGGUAAGUUAAGAAUUCAAGGGUAGUUUGAAAAUUCAAUAUUCUGCAGUUUUUUUCAUGUGUAAAUGGUUGUCUGGGUUAUCAUGUUGUAACAAAAAAAUAAAUUUGAGGCACUAGAUCCACAAUCAUUUAAAAAUGUUUUCCAUUUACCUCACUUGUUCACAACAGGUUACAUGCUUUUAUAUACAUGCCAUACAAAGAAUAGAGUUCUGGCAUAUCCUGUUACAGUGGGGGGAUAUGUCCUGUCCACUGUCGUUUUGUUUUAUGAUUUUUGUAACACAUCUAUGGCUUUGCAAGUACUCAUGCACUAAGGAGUUGAUGAGUAGGCCUGUGACCAUACCAGACCCUUGAGUUUACAAGAUUUUUUUUUCCAAUUAUAUCAUUAACAAUGUUAAUAGCAAUAAGAAAUUUAAAAAAAAAAAAUCUUUCUUAAAAUCAAAGAAAAGGUUAAACAUAUAAGAUACGGAAGGAUGGUAAUUGACUCCUUAAUGACUAAACUGUUGUGGAGCCAUUUAUGUGUAAACAAACUUAAUGAACUAAAAAUCCCAAUGCACAUGGCAUGAACAUAUAUGCCAUCCCAGUGUCAGUGGGUUAAUAUUUAAAAAAAAGAUAAAAAAAUGGAGCACAGAUAAAUUGGCAUAUUGUUUUUUUUUUAUGGUUGAAUGGAAAUCAAAAAUGUUGAAGAUAUAUUGCAAGUUAUGCAGGCAUUAUACUUCAUGAUAAAGUAAUGUGGGUUUCUAAAGGAAUUUCUUUCCUUAUUUGUUUAAUUAAGAUAAGAAUGUCUGUUAUAAGGAAUUAACACUAUUUUAAUGAUAUCCUAUCAUCAAAUAAAAAAAAAUCCAGUAUCUGGCUAGCAAUGAUUGUUAUGCACAUAAUCACUUCAUCAGUCAUCACCCUAGUAAUAUUUGCAUGCUGUGUUUUGUCUCUUCCCCAACUCAAUCAUUCAUUACAUACAGUAUUCUAGUUAAGCACAGACAAAGGUAAUCUAAUGGCCUCAAACUUACACAUGUCGUUGUUGAAUUCAUGUUUCUCUGUGUGUUGUGUAAAUAGUAGUAUAGAUAAGCUUCCCAGAAUUGCGUGUUAAAGUCCGAGCAACCAACAGAAAGCCUCGACACCUUCUUUUUCUCUACUCUGUAACCGUUCACACAAAUAAAUUGUUGGAAUCAA